AUGAAUGAAACUCAAAUCAACCCCGAGAAUUAUUAUCGUUUAGAAUGUGUAAUUGGAGAGGGAUCGUAUGGCUAAGUUUACAAGGGGAUACAAUUGGACAAUGGGAAGGCAGUUGCCAUAAAGAUAGUACCAUCUUCUGGAGAGAUUGAAUCCCUCAAAAGAGAAAUUCAAAUACUCAGAGAUUGUAGAUGUGAUAACAUAGUCAAAUAUUUCGGAUCCUAUCAUUCAAAUGGAUAAUUGUGGUUAAUCAUGGAAUAUUGUUCAGGAGGAAGUGUUUUAGAACUGAUUAAGGCUUUGCAAUAUCCUUUGCCUGAAGAAAUAAUUGCCACCAUUCUAUAUUAAACAGUUAAAGGCAUUGAUUACAUGCACAGCCAUAAAAAAAUACAUCGAGAUGUUAAAUGUGGAAAUAUUCUAAUUGAUCAUUUGGGCAAUAUUAAAUUAGCUGAUUUUGGUGUUUCCACAUAACUGGUACACACUAUGGCUGACACUGAUACAGUGAUUGGAAGUCCUUUUUGGAUGUCACCAGAGAUUCUACUCAAAUCAAGAUACAGCAAAAAGACUGACAUUUGGUCCUUGGGAAUCACAGCAAUUGAAAUGGCAGAAGGGGAACCACCCUAUGCACAUAUACAUCCAAUUAGAGCGAUGUUUGCUAUUAAAAAUAAUCCCCCCAACUCAUUGACUGAUUAAAGUAAAUGGUCAAGAGAAUUCAAUUAAUUUGUAAAAAGAUGCCUUACUUUAGAUCCCAAAGAGAGGCCCUCCACUAAAGAAUUAUUAUAAGACCCCUUUUUUCAAAAAUAUUGUAAGAGUAGAGAAUACAUUCAAUAAUUCAUGCUUAAAUGCAAAAAGCAAAUCGAAUCAUAUAAAUUAAGUAAGUAGAAGAAAUAGGAUGAAUAAUAAUUUCAAUUCUCCCAAGAAUAGAUUGGAGUCCCAUUAGAUACCUUAAUAGAAUGCGAAGAGGAAGAAGAUCUAGGAACAAUGAUUAUCAACAAUAUUGAUGAUAUUCAAAUGAAUGAAACAGGAACGAUGCUAGAACAUCAAUAUCAAGAUGCAGAUAAGUAUGAAAAAGCAAUGAAUAGAGUGGUAUCGACUUCCGAAUUUGGGUUAUAAAGUUUGAAUCAAUAAAGAACUCCUGCAAUUGCAGAAUCCCCUCUGCUGAAAAAGAAGCAAAUUGAAGAUAAAAUUAUUCAAUUGAAUCAAGAGAUGCAGAAUGAAAUUUAAAAAGUAAAACUUAAAUAUGGGGAAUAAAUCAGUACUCUUUAAAAGUCUUUCAAUUAAAUGAUGACUCAAAAAUAGGAAACCCAUAAGUCUGUACAUGAAUAGAAAGGAUUUCCAUUAACUGCUAAUUACUGUAAAUAGAUGGAAUUUAAACAGAAGAGUUCAGCUCCUUCCACUCCAAUUUAAUAGCAAAAUAAGAUAAGAUUAGAUUAAGAAAACUUCAAUUUGGAAAAUCAAUUAAAAUAAACUAAAUUUUAAUAAACCAAUUUACAAAAAUUAUAAUUGUAAAUUCAGAAUAGAUUAAAUGAUGUUCCAAAACUAGACAACAGUCAAAAAUUAAUAAAACAAUUAGUUAACAGGAAAAAUUGA